CGGACCAGUUUGGUGGUUACACAGCGCACGCGCAGACCCUGAUGUAAAACUGGUUGUUAGCUAACUUCUGCACCGACUUGUGUUUAAAUGUAAAUUAGAUUUAAUUUUUGUUUCCCGAGAGAAACAAAGGCGCCGGAAACAUGGCGGCAGGAGAAGAGGAGAACAAGACGAAGAGUUUCAAGCUUCUGGGGAUUCUGGACGUGCAGAAGGUCCCGUGCGCCAGAGAGGCCAUCCUGCACGGAGCUGGGGGCUCCGUAGCUGCGGGUCUGCUGCACUUCCUGGCCACCAGUCGAGUCAAGAGGUCUGUUGACGUUGGCUUUGCAGGCUUCAUACUUACCACACUGGGGUCCUGGUUUUACUGCAGGUUUACCAACGCUUACACACGUGUGCAGCAGAGGAUGAUCCAGGAAGGCCUCAGGAACAAGGUUGUGUAUGAAGGAACUGCUCUAGAUCCCACAGACAAAGCCAGAACAGGCCCGCGAACUGGGCCUGCGUGACCUCCGCUCAGAGGUUCUAACAUUAAAGCUUUGCAGCAGAACAGACGGCCCAGUUGGAGUCAGCUGCUUGUAAUGACUUCAUAAACCACGGAAAGCGUCAUGCAAUUCGAACAUUUCGUGGAUGUUGUGUCUUUAUUACGUUUGGUUUUCAGCUUCUCAGUCUAAUGUAACUUUUCGAAACAAAACCAUUUCAUAGCUUUCUGAUGUUUCACUAAUCAAUCCUGUGAUGUGUUGCUUUUUUUCCCACAAAAUGAAAUACAAACAGGAAAAGAAA